ACGUGCAGGUCGUGGUGUACGGAGAGGCGGAAAUGUGAUGAAAGCGAUUUAGUUUCAUAAACAAAGAAUAUGAAUACGCUUACAAAGUUUCAAAAAAUUGUUUUAGCAGGAUUAGGAGUAUGUGGCGGCGCACUAACUCUUUAUUACGGCUUCCGUAAUGAUAGAAAACAAGCUUACGCGUCGUGGACCACUAAUUAUACACCUACGCACGAGUGGGAUUCAAACUGGGACCGGAGAGAUCCAGCAAGUCUUGUAAAGCCAUCAAAGGGUGGAAGUGAUGAUAAUAGGUACAAUGAAGCUGUAAGUAAGGUCAAACCCAAAGCAGUAAGGCAUCUUUUGCUGAUUCGACAUGGCCAGUACAACAUGUCUGGGAAGUCAGAUGAGGAACGCGUGUUGACAGACCUUGGUAGGAAACAAGCAAAAUUAACAGGCCAGAGACUGCAAGAACUUGGCCUGCCCUACACAAGAGUAGUCAGAUCAACUAUGACGAGAGCAAAUGAGACUGCACAGAUAAUCUUGACGUCACUUCCUAAUAUCCCUGUUACUGACUGUUGUUUAUUGGAAGAAGGAGCUCCUAUACCACCAGAACCCCCUGUCGGUUCCUGGAAACCAGAACCUUACCAGUUUUAUCAAGAUGGUGCACGAAUUGAAGCUGCAUUUAGAAAAUAUUUCCAUCGAGCUGAGAAAUCGCAAGAAACAGACAGUUACGAUAUACUGGUGUGUCAUGCCAAUGUCAUACGUUACUUUGUGUGUAGGGCCCUGCAAUUCCCUGCUGAAGCUUGGCUCCGACUGGGACUGCAUCAUGGCAGCAUCACAUGGAUCAGUGUGACGCCAAGCGGCCGUGUUAUCCUUCGUGCACUUGGUGACACUGGUCACAUGCCACCAGAUACCAUCACACAGUGACAUAUCUGUACCAGCAGCACUCAGGGUAUUGAACGUUCAACAUAAAUGGAAUGUGAAAGUUGAACAUUAACUGUACUUGUUUUUAUAUGUUUGAAUAUUAUCAUUAAUGGACUAAAAUGCCCAUAAACUGUGCCAUAAAAUAGGGCCAUGGAAAAUUGGAUUAUUUAACAGUCUGUGGCUCGUAACAAGCAAGUGUGUGUGCAGUCUUCAAGGAGUCGUCAUUAGUCUGCAAGUUAAUUUCAUUCAGCGACAUGAAGUUGGUGAAUGAUCAAAUAAUUAAAGUAACUUACCUUUAAGGGCAGUACAGUAAUAUUAUUUAAAAAUAUAACUCAAAGUUGUAUAGGGCGUGUUGGUAGGAUUUGAAGUUUUAAGGUUUUCGUUACUGUGAUUGUUCAUAUUGUAGUCUUCUGGGUUGCGACGCCAUAUAACCUUGUAUGUAGAUACUGAUGUUUCGCAGGAACAUGUGAUUCCAUCUUCAGGAUUGAAAUGUCUAAGGUGAGAAACUGCUUUGAUCAUAUAGACAGCCUGCAAGGAGGAUGAUGACCCAGACCUGUAGGAGGAGUACAGAAAUGGAGCCCAGUUCACAUCAAUUGGAACACUGUAUAGGAAAUUGUCCAUUUCAGGGUCACAGUAAUGUUUUUCAUUCCUCUUAUGAUAGAAAACAAUAUUAUGGCCCUGAUAAUUUUCAUUUUCAUACCUACUGUUCCCUUUAUCCCAGAAUGUGCUCCAUUUCUUUACGUUUUGUCUUCUCACUUUCUUGUCUAACUGAACCACUUCAAUCCUGAAGAUGGAAACAGCAUGUUCCUCUGAAAUGACAGUGUCUACCUACAACACAACAUGAUGUCACAACAUAGAAUUUGGUAUUCAUUAUGAUGUAUUACCAUAUUUACGCAUGUAUAGGCCGCACAUUUUUUGUCAAAAAUUCAAGAGGAAAACUGGGGUGC